GCAGCCUUCACUCUCAGAGGCAGCGAGUGCUAGGAAAGUCCUCGUUCCAGACGCACCAUGGCUGCACGGACCGUCCCCCACGCCUACCCCAUGAGUUCGGAGAGAGCCAGCAGCAUCCCUCCGGAAGGGUUCACCUCCAGAGCAGGCCAGCGAGGCUGGGAGGGAGCUGCUGACUGUAGGAACCCAGGUGUGUCCCCCUGUGAGAUUUUAGCCCCUGCACUGUAUCAUGGCUACUACAUCAGGCCGCGGAUCAACAAGCAGCUGGAUCGAGGCAUCUCCGAGAUCAGCCUCAAUGACCACAAAUUCCAGGUGUUCCUGGAUGUCUGUCACUUCUUGCCGGAUGAGCUCACUGUCCGCACUGUGGACAACCUGCUGGAGGUGAUGGGGCAGCACCCACAGAAGUCUGACCGUCACGGUUUCAUCUCCCGAGAGUUCACCAGGACCUACAUCCUCCCACUGGAUGUUGACCCCUUGCUGGUGAGAGCCACCUUGUCCCACGAUGGCAUCUUAAGCAUUGUGGCUCCCCGAACGGGGAAGGAGGUGAAGGCCAGAGUCAAUGAGGUGAAGAUAACCCACCAGAAGCAGCUGGAAGAGAAGGAAGAACAGCCCAAAGAAGGGAAAGAGAAAGAAGAGUCCUAAAGGCCCUGGAGCUGGGCUGGAGCAGGGGGUGGGGGGAAGUCCUGGUGCCAGACCCCUAUUUCUCACCAUCAGUGCUUAGUGGGGAUGUGAGACCGGAGAGGUGCACGUGCCAGACUCCUGCAUCUGAAGGCUGCUGGUUGGAAAAAGGGGCUUGGAACUCAAAAAAGAGGGGGUCUGAAGUGUUAGUAUGAGGAACUGUAAUGUAAAUUUUCUAAGUCAAGUGCCCACUGAGCACUGUGCAGGGUGCCAUCCCAGAUUGCAAGGGUCACUCUUAGCCUAGAAAGCCAGGCUGUGUUGCAGCAGACUUAAACAGCUGAGCUCCAGCCUGGAAGGAGCUGCUUUUCCAGGGUGCUGGGAAGAGGGAAGGGAGGAUCGUGGCACCUCACUUCUGAGCCGGCAGCUGACCCCUGCAGAGAGUGCUGCAGAUGGAAAGUGCCUGCUGAUCUGUAAAUGUGCCCACAGCUCUUGGGACAAAAGAGGAAUAAAUCUGACUCUGAUCUCUU